AUGUUUAUUCGAUCCAUCUCUCGUCUCCCCCUCUUUGCCCGGGGCUUGGCUACCCAUGCAAGCCCUGAGCUCACCUCCCUGCCAGCCGUCCUCCACCUCAAGUCGGGCCAAUCUUUCACUGGACGCUCCUUUGGCGCGCCCAAAAGCAUCUUCGGCGAAACCGUCUUCUCUACCUCCAUCACCUCAUACACUGAAUCCAUGACCGAUCCAUCCUACCGUGGUCAGAUUCUGGUUUUCACGACACCUCUCAUUGGCAAUUACGGUGUGCCCAACAACAAGACUCCCAUAGAUUCCCAGGACGUUGGAGUACUCCUGGAGUCGCAGGGUAUUCAAUGUACUGCCGUGGUUGUGGCCGACUUGGCUGAAAAGUUCUCCCACCAUGCCGCUGUCGAGUCGCUUUCAUCCUGGUGCCACCGACACGGCGUCCCAGGCAUCACAGGCGUGGACACGCGCACCAUCACAAGUCUCCUCCGCGACCAGGGCACCACCCUCGGCCGCCUCGCUAUCGGCGCAGACGCGUCUGCAUCUGCCCCCGAGGCUUCCGAGUACUGGGAUCCCUCCGAGGAAAACCUCGUGGAUCAGGUCUCCACCAAAACACCCUACGUUCUCAAUCCCACGGGAGACAUCAAGAUCGCCGUCCUUGACUUCGGUGCUAAGGCCAACAUUCUGCGCUCGCUCGUCCGUCGUGGCGCGGCCGUGACCGUCCUCCCAUGGGACUACGACUUCAACAAGGUUCGCGAUCAGUACGACGGUCUGUUUCUGUCGAACGGUCCCGGUGACCCGGGCCACUGCAUGCCUGCGGCUAUGAACCUGCGCAAGACGAUGGAGCAGUGGGACAAGCCUGUGUUUGGUAUUUGCAUGGGACAUCAGAUCAUCGGUAUGGCUGCAGGUCUGGAUGCGUACCGCAUGACGUUCGGCAACCGUGGUCACAAUCAACCCGUGCUUGCCCUCGCGUCGUCAGGCUCUAUUAAGGCUGGUCGUGUUUACGUGACGAGUCAAAACCAUCAAUAUGCUCUGAAGUUGCAAGACCCCUUCCCUCAGGGCUGGGAGCCCUUCUUCAUCAACUGCAAUGACUCAUCUGUGGAGGGUAUUAAGUCGACGCCUGACUCGGGCAAGAAGGUUUGGGGCGUGCAGUUCCAUCCCGAGAGUGCCGGCGGCCCCUUGGAUACUAUCGAGGUAUGA